AUUCUAUAUUUAGUUUGCAUUUAUGUACCUCGGCGUAAACUGUAAUGCACGCGAGCGUGAUUGACUCUGCGCAGCCCUUGUUUGACAUCCCACCUGAUGAGAACCCAGGCGACGAUGUGUACGACGUCGAAUUCGAUGACUCGGACCAGCUAUCCACCCCCAUCAAACAGCAGCAGGUUACGAUGACAACUACUCCCCACACAAGUUGCGUCUCGGGCAUCGAAGCCCAGUUUAUGGCAAGAGGACUGGCGCUGGACGACUUGUCGUUUUUGGAGCCUGACAUUUGCUCAUUGGACGACUGGCAUGCUGAAGUCGACGCGGCGAUGGUCGCGCCGUCCAAAUCUGCGCCAACUCGAGAGCUCGACAAGGAACUCGUGUCGCUGCUCGUCGAGAUGAAACCCAAAGGCCACUUCAUGGCCGCAGCAAUGUAUUACAUGACCCAUCCGAAGCAGUGGAAGUCGUUCGUUCGAGACCCCAUCGUACUCGAGUCGUGCCGAUGUCUCGGCAUCGCCAUGGAGACGCUGCAGCCGCGGUCGCUCGAAUCGUUUCGACGCGACCACGCCGAAGUCGUGCCUGACAUGGUGGCCAACGUUCGCCAUCAAGCACACCAAGUUGAGCGGCAGGAAUGCAUCGCUUUGAUCUUGCAAACCCAGCCGUUGUUGCAAGCCAAACAUGCCACAGUCAUGCCAUCCCCCACUCCUUUGAACAGUACCCCCAAGGCGCGAAAGCCCAAACAAACCCACAUUCGCCCUCUGCCGAUACAACACGAAGUUCCGACCAAAGUAAGAGCAGAAAACGACCGCAUGCGCGUGAUCCGGGAAGCCAAGCAGUUGGAAAACGCACAGCGAUGGAAAGACACCAAGGACAGCAUUCGAAAAGCAGCCACGCGGCGGUCCGAUGCGUUGCAGCGAACGGAACUGGGGUUCAAGAAGAAAGAAUUCGAAGCCCAAGUGAAGCGCAAGGGCCGAGAUGCCAAGCCCGAGCACGACCAACGGCGGAAACUAAUCAUCCAAAGCGUCAUCAAACACAAGACACCGGUCGAGUUGAAGCCCAGGUCGGACCAAGAGAUGCGUCUCGUCCACGAGAUGCACCGCAUCGAGCUAGAAGAACACAUACAUCGGGCCGACCGACUAAAACACGCCCAAGAGUACCAGAAAGCAUACUAUCUCGCAUCCCACGGCCAUUAACGAUAGUUAAUGGACUUGUUGAGUGUGGAAACACAUGAUGGAGCGUCCGGCAUGGUGCUGGGAUGGACGGCCAAGAAGCACGGAUGGGUCAAGAGGGUGGUGUCGACGUCGUACAGUACUGCUGGGAAAACAGCACUUGGGGCGGCAGGGUACAUCUCCGACAUCCCCACACAGCAUCAUCGUCACUGACCUUCUUUCAUUCACUUCAACGAUGGAGAACGUGGUAACGACAGACCAUUCGCAGCACCGCAAAGGUUGCAUGUCGGCCCCAAUCAUAACGGACAAGUGCGCGGUCCGCGACGUUGAACAGCAGCAACGAAGGCGUCGGUCGUGUCUCGUCCAAGUACUCGAGGAUGGCGCUGGAUUGAUUCAACACUUGACCGUCGAUCUCCAACGACGGGAUGUACCACCAGGCUCAUGUUCACGAUGUGGUAGUCGUCCCUCUCGUUCGACCGAGCCAAGAUGUCCA